GUGGACUUAGGUCUGCUUGGAGAAAAAACUCCUCCAGAGCUUUGGGGAAAGAGAAGAGAGAUUUUUCUUUAUUUCCAACAUGAAAGCUCACAUUUUUCUCCCCUUCUAUUGGGGAGUAGGAAGCCUUUUUUUCUUGAGUUUCUGGGGCAUGGCUGAAAGUGAGAAACUCCUGGUUUUCCCUCAAGAUGGAAGUCACUGGCUCAGCAUGCGGGAUGUGAUUGAAGAGCUCAGUAAGAAGGGACAUGAAAUUGUAGUCCUAGUCCCUGAAGUCAAUUUGCUCCUUAAAGAAUCAAAAUUCUACAAAAGAAAACUCUACCCAGUCUCCUACCCCCAGGCUGAACUGGACAACCGUUUCGAGGCAUUUGGCCAUAAUCUCUUUGCAGAGAGAUCUUUCCUGAAUAAAGCCUGGGUUGAGUACUGGAAUGUCCGGCUUAUCAUCGACAUGUUCUUCCUCAACUGUGACAGCCUGCUGAAGGACCCUGAGACCAUCAGAUACCUCGAAGAAAGCCAAUUUGAUGCCCUCUUCACAGACCCUGCCUUGCCAUGUGGGAUGAUCCUGGCCGAGCAUCUCUCCAUUACUUCUGUAUACUUUUUCCGAGGCUUUCCCUGUGCUUUGGAGCAUACGAUGAGCAGGACCCCCAACCCCGUAUCUACCAUCCCCAGAUGCUAUACUGCCUUUUCUCACCAGAUGACCUUCUAUCAGAGAGUAAUCAACUUCCUGGUGAAUUAUUUAGAGACCCUCCUCUUCAAGGACUUGUACACAAAAUACCUAGACAUUGCUGCAGACUUCCUAAAGAAAGAGGUGACCCUGUCAAGCCUCUAUGGACAAGGAUCCAUUUGGCUGUUGAGAUAUGAUUUUGUGUUUGAGUAUCCCCGGCCCAUCAUGCCCAACAUGGCCUUCAUUGGAGGAAUAAACUGCAAACCAAGGGAAAGACUACCACAGGAAUUUGAAGCCUAUGUGAAUGCUUCUGGGGAACAUGGAGUUGUGGUCUUCUCCUUGGGCUCUAUGGUCUCAGAAAUCCCAAUGACCAAAGCCAUGGAAAUUGCUGAAGCUUUGGGCACAAUACCUCAGACAGUAUUGUGGCGGUAUACUGGAAAACCACCAUCUAAUCUGGCCAAGAACACCAAACUUGUGAAAUGGCUUCCACAGAAUGAUCUGCUUGCUCACCCAAAGACCCGGGCAUUCAUCACUCAUGCUGGCUCUCACGGGACCUAUGAAGGACUGUGUAAUGGAGUGCCAAUGGUGUUGAUGCCUUUGUUUGGAGAUCAGAUGGACAAUGCUAAACGCAUGGAAUCAAGAGGGGCAGGGGUGAUCCUGAAUGUCCUUGAAAUGACAUCUGAUGAUCUCAGCAAGGCACUGAAGACGGUUAUCAAUGAUAAAAGCUACAAGGAAAACAUCAUGCGUCUCUCAGCUCUUCACAAAGAUCGGCCCAUCAGUCCCCUUGACCUUGCUGUGUUCUGGGUGGAAUUCGUGAUGAGAAACAAAGGGGCCCCACAUUUACGUGCUGCUGCCCAUGACCUCAACUGGAUCCAGUACCAUUCUUUGGAUGUCAUUGCUUUCCUCUUGGCUAUUGUGUUGACUGUUGUACUAAUUGCUGUGAAAUGCCUCAAAUUUUGUUUCCAGAAAUGCUUUGGCAAAAAAGAAAAAGCUAAGAAAGCUACCAAAUCUAAGUCUCAUUGAGCCACAUUUUAAAAAUUAGGUGAAAUUUUAGUUUGUUCUCCCUAUGAAUCAUGAAAAUGUACCCAUAUGAAUUACAUGCACCCACAAAUACACAUGUGUACCCUCAUGCAUACAAGUCAUUUUCAAAUCAAUUUUUGAUAAAGAAAAUCUCAAGCUUAUUUAGUUGCUUAUUAAAGUAGGAACAUGGAGCUUGAGAGCUGGAAGAUAACCAUUUAGUCCAACCACCUCAUAUUACAGCUGAGAAAAUGGAAGUGAAAUAAGGGGAAAACUUUUGGGCUGAAGAUAAGUCUUAGAGGAGGGACCUGAUAGCUGCUUUCCUGUUUCACAUGGAGAAAAGAUCGGCUGCAUUCUGCUUGGCCUCACAGGACAGAAUUAAGAACAAUGGGGACUGAGGGAAUUACAUCAUUUAGAUCAGGGUCAGUGAAAACUUCCCUAACAAUUGGAACUAUACAACAGGAAUUGUCUGCCUCAGGAAGAAGUGAGUUCCCAUUCACUGGGGCUUUCCAAGUCAGCUCUGGAUGACCAGUGUCUAAGAGGUUGUAUAAAUACAAUUUGGGAGGUUGGUCCAGGUACAAGUUGGACUGAGGUCUUUUCCAACUCUCAGAUUCUGUGAUUCUAAUACCUGCUCCAGGAUUACAUGGCCAGUUUGCAGCUGAGCUAGGGUAGAAGCCAGGUCUUCUUACUGUCAGCCCUCCUUUCUCCCUCUCAAGACACAAAAAGUUAGAACACCGACUGCAGGACUGAUUCUCCUUCCCCAUUCUUCAAGAUUCUAGCUUCAAAUGAUUUGCUUAGAACAACUGGAUGAGUCAGCUAUCCAUUUGGAGUCAUCUUUUUUUAAACUGGAAAACACAUACAGCACCCCUUUCAGGUGGCUUCCUAAUGAGUUGUGAUUGCUAAUCAUUUAUUAUAAAUGUUAAUGCAUUUCCCCACCACCUCCUCUCUAGUUCCAGUGGGCAUUUCUUUGCACACUGUUGGGUUGAAGUCUUCCACCACAUGGGCUUAAGAUUCACAUGGUUCCUUUGGACACAGGAAAGCGGGAACAUCUACUUAGGCUGCUGCUCAUCCUCAUAAUGUUGAGAAUUAAUUAGACUGUGUCCCUCAAAGGUAAUGGAUUGUUUCUGCAUUGAAAGACCAUGAUAGAUCAGGCCAAACAAAAGAAAAAUGCCAUGUGGUUUUCUGCUAGUCCAAAUGGAUCAGAAUGUUAUUGGUCAUCCACAAAUAGUGUUUGUAGCAAAGUCACAAGUUAUCAUCUUGCUCAAAACAAAACUAAAUAUAUGAAUAAAUCCUUAGUAAUUAUUUCCCUGAA